AACCAUAUUGUAAAGUGGGAGGCCUACUAUUAGGUCUUUAGGUGUCCAAUUCAAUAGUAAUGGCAGUUGCGAAAAAUUGAUUGAUCCAUCAACUGCUUGUGGAAUUAGAUUCGGAAGAAGCUUUGAAGUCCUCUCUUUAAUUUUUUUCUUCUUUUUCUCCCAUCCAAUCCAACCCACACUGAAAAGAUUGAUAUAUGUGGUUGGGUUGGGUCACAAGUGUGAGUUGGAGUGUUCCUACGAAAGACUAUGGAUGUCUCAACAAGCUCCUCCACCGCCGACGAAGAAACCCCUCUGCUAAACGACACUGUAGACGGCGUCGUCGACUACAAAGGCACUCCCGUUCUCAGAUUUACUUUAGGCGGUUGGAAAUCGGCCGGAUUUAUCAUAGGCGUGGAGGUAGCUGAGAGAUUCGCUUACUAUGGGAUUGAAUCCAACCUCAUAAGCUAUUUGACCGGACCUCUGGGACAGUCAACGGCUUUGGCGGCCGCCAAUGUCAAUGCAUGGGCCGGAGUGUCCUCGUUGCUUCCCUUGUUUGGAGCUUUUGUGGCCGAUUCUUUUCUUGGCCGCUACCGCACCAUUAUCGUUGCUAACUUGCUUUAUAUUAUGGGUUUAGGUUUGCUGUCUCUCUCUGCCAUACUGCCUAUUGCUGGUGCUUCUCAUAUCCAAUUAAUCCUUUUCUUUUUCUCACUGUAUUUAGUAGCAAUUGCGCAGAGUGGACACAAGCCCUGUGUUCAGGCCUUUGGAGCUGAUCAGUUUGAUGGAGAAGAUCCACAAGAGUGCAAAGCCAGAAGCUCAUUCUUCAACUGGUGGUAUUUUGGUAUAUGUUGGGGUUCAUUAACCACAGUAUUGAUUGUAAGCUAUAUACAAGAAAACAUCAGUUGGGCUUUGGGGUUUGGAAUCCCCUGCAUUGCAAUGGUUCUUGGGCUGUUUGUAUUUUUGCUUGGAACUAAAACAUACAGGUAUACUGUAAAGAGGGAUGAGGAAAAUCCAUUUUUCCGUAUUGGUAGAGUGUUCAUAUCAGCAUUCUCAAACCGUCGAACAGAGGAUUCUCAGCAAAACUUGCCUCACCAAAGCUAUGAACAAUUCAAGUUUCUUAACAAAGCAUUGCUAACACCAGAUGGAAAAGCAUCAAGUGUGGUUGAUGUUGAAGAAGCAAAGGCCGUGCUUCGACUUGUUCCGAUAUGGGGAACAUGCUUAGUGUAUGGCAUCGUAUUUGCACAGGUGCCUACCUUCUUCACCAAGCAAGGAGCAACAAUGCAGAGAACCAUAGUGCCAGGAUUUGACAUACCACCUGCUUCACUACAAUCCAUCGGUUCUCUUGCCAUUUUUUUCUUCAUCCCCAUUUAUGACCGUGUUAUUGUUCCAAUUGCCAGAGCUUUUACAGGUAGACCAUCUGGUAUAACAAUGCUACAGAGAAUAGGAACUGGUAUGUUUCUAUCUCUUCUCUCCAUGGUUAUUGCAGCUCUAGUUGAGAUCAAAAGGCUCAAAACUGCUCAAGACUACGGUCUAGUUGAUUCUCCUGGUGCAACAGUUCCCAUGAGUGUUUGGUGGUUAAUACCUCAGUACCUCUUACAAGGAGUAUCUGAUGUUUUCACCAUGGUUGGUCUUCAAGAAUUAUUCUAUGAUCAGGUGCCAUCAGAUUUAAGGAGUGUGGGACUUGCUCUUUACCUAAGUAUCUUUGGUGUGGGUAGUUUUCUCAGCAGCUUUCUUAUCUCUAUUAUUGAGGAAACAACUGGUGGGAAUGGCCGAGAUAGCUGGUUUUCUAAUAAUCUUAACUGUGCACAUCUUGACUACUACUAUGGGCUGCUUGCUGGACUAAGUGCAGUAGCAUUUGCUCUCUACUUGUAUUUUGCAAGAUUUUACAUUUAUACUACAACUCAUUUUGUAUAAACUCUUCUCUGCCUUACUCUUAUAGUGUCCUUACAAAAAGUGGCAAUCCUGAGGUGGAAAUUUUUUGCAUAGGCGCUUACUCAUAGAAACUCAAAUCGCCCAUGUAAAAUAAAAGAUCCAAUUAUCAUUGGAUUUGAUUGCUUGAGGGAUAAAACAUUGGAUCCCAUAACAUGAACACACAAUAAUUUAUCUUACUGAUAUAAAAGUAUCAUAUUAGUGUGAUAA